UAUUUUUUUUAUCUGUGCAGCACUUUGAGCUGUUUAGUAUGAAGGCUGCUUUAUAAAUAAGAUUGAUUGAUUGCUGAUGGUCACUGCGACACAUCAGCUAGUCCGCCAUAUUGGAAGUGGCAAGUCUUCUCCUUUUUUCACUUUAAAUGUUUUUUUUUUGUUUUUGUUUUCUGUUUUUUACAAACUCUGAACAGCCUUUAUGGCUCCAAUGUAGUUCCAUAUACUCCUGUUGGCAGAUCGUUUUCACUGGAGCUUCCGUAUCCCUUUAAGACGCCUCCUCUGUGGGUGGAGUUAGUAACUUUUUUUGAACUUCGGCUCUUCCUUUCGGUCUUGUAUUUAACGGGCUGUCAGUUUAGUAAUGUAGUAUUUCAGGGACUAAACAUGACGUUUCGAGUGGACUGUCUCCUGACCACCGCCGGGCUGCCUCUGUUCCUGGUCGACAUCGUUCUGGACGUCCUGGCUGCUGUGGAGUUUUACAAGGAGGGAUCGUACCUGUGCCUCGGUGUGCUGCUGGUGCUGCUCAUUGGCUCCUCGGUGCUGGUGCAGCUCUACAGCUGGCUCUGGUACAGCUAUGAUCAGUUUGAGAUGAAGACCAGAGUGGAGGAGUCCGCCAAGCCUGGCCUCGGGGUUCUGCACUGGGUCCAGCUGGGGAUCUACGUCAGACAUGUAGCCGUCAUGGAGACGUCUGUGAAGAGCUGCCGCUCCGACUGUGACAGCCAGGAGGAAGACACGGCGGCGUUCCUGAACCAGGACCUGAGCAUGCUGCGGAUCAUCGAGACCUUCUCAGAAAGCGCGCCUCAGAUCGUCCUCAUGCUCACCGUCCUCCUGCAGGACGGGUCGCUGGAGCCGUUCCAAGUGUUGAAGACCAUUGGCUCGCUGUCGGCCGUGGCGUACUGCGUGACCACCUACCACCGCUGCUUACGCUCCUUCCUGCCGGAGAAGAAGGAGCAGUCCAUUCUGUCCUCGCUCGUCUUCUUCACCUGGAACCUGCUGCUCCUGGCCGCCCGCAUCGUGGCGCUCGCCCUCUUCGCCUCCGUGUUUCCCUGCUUCAUCUUCACACACUUCAUCUGCUCCUGGCUGCUCUUCUGCUACUUCGCCUGGUGGGCCGACACACACUUCAUGGACACCGUGGGGGGGGAGUGGCUGUACCGGGCCACUGUGGGUCUCAUCUGGUACUUCGACUGGUUCAACGUGGUGGACGGGAAGACUAGGAACUGGGCCACAUUGUACCACUGCUGGAUCCUGCUGGACGUCUCUGUCCUCUGUGGCCUGUGGUUCUGGAAGAUGAGCUGGGAUCCUCCUGACUUUGAGCUGUCCCGUCGGCAGGCGGCCGUCGUUUGGGGCGCCGUGGUCGCCGGCUACGCCUUGGGUUUGGUUCUGAGGAUCGUUUACUACACCUGCUUCCAUCCAAAGUUGAACAAAGACGAGCUGAGAGGAGGCAGCGCGAAGAUGCAGGCCGAUGAAGUGGACUCCCCUCCUGAUGAUGAUGGCGGACCUGUCAUGUUUCGUUCAGCGCCCAGAACCCCCACCGGGCCGAGCCGCCCGCCGCUCUGCAACAAGAGGAUGAAGAAACUGGCUGAGAACUUCUACUCUUCAUCCGCUGAUGGUGCUGAGGUCUGAGACCUGCAGCAUCAGGUUGAACUGGACUUUAACUAGGCCGUUUCUCCUCCAGCAUCAGCCUCAGAGACCCGUCCUGCUCCUCAGAACCAGAACCCGACCUGCUGCUUUGAAUCCCAGGAGAAGAAAGUCCAUCACAUCCAGGACAAAUGUUCUGGUUCUGGUUCUGCUCAGGGUUCUGGUUCUGGUGCUACAUUAGGUUCUCUCUCGUCGGUGGUUCCUGCAGCGUUCCAGGCUCGCUGCGUUCAGCCGGACCGUUUCUGACCCGUCUCUCAGUGCUGGAGGCGGGUCGGAACCACGGGUUCCCAGCCGGGCUUAGAAAUAUAAAAAUGGAAUAAUUUAUUAGUCUUGUUUUCUGUUGUGGAUACAUUUAUAAAAGAUAAAAUGUUUGUAAAACAGUUAAUGAAACUAAACGUCCGUCAGAUGAACCUGAUUAUUUCUGAUCACAUUCAGAUGGAGGCAGAAUCAGAGAUUCACCGACGGAUUGUGAUUGUUUUUAUUUAUGGAUUUAGUUUCUUUGUGUUCAGCAGGCAGAAGCUCCAGGCCUCUGGUUGAUGUUAGCGUUAGCAGUUAGCAUCCCCAGUAACCCUGCACCGUGUUCAGAGCCGACCGUUUCUCUGGCUGCACAACAUUCAGAUUAAGGUCAGGUCAAAGUUCACCACAUGGUGGAAGCAGAGAAUAAACUGAUUCCCAUCAGGCCAGCAGGUUUAGAACCUCCGACCCGGUUUUCUGUGAAAUGGACCGAUGAACCAGGAGAAGUUCCUCUUCCAGCAUCCUGCUGCCAACGUUUCAUCCAUCCUGUUAGUCGACAUGUUUACAGGACAAACCAGCUGCAGGUUGGAUUUUCAUGGAAAAUCUUCAUAUUUUUGUCGCUUAGAAACGUGCAGAAUGUAAAAUAAAAUAAAAUGAUGCAGCUCAGAGUUCUGAUGUCGGCCCACUGGCAGUCUGCUCCAAAUGCAACUUAAUUUUAUAUCUGAAAUGUGUAUGUAAAAUAUUUUUAUAGAAUAAAAUCAGACGGAAAACGUU